AUGGCGACCGCGAGCUUCCCUGACGAACCCAGAGAGCUCCCAUACUGGUUUCCCUUCGUGGGCCACCUUUGGUCCUUUUCCCAAAACUCUCAAGCCCUUCUCAUCCGAGGCCGCAAUUACUUCCGAAACACGCGCGAGCCGUUCGCUGUCACCGUGCUUGGGAACACAGUCUACGUCCUCACGCGAGGUAAAGAUGUGGCAGAGGCAUACCGCAACACUAAAACCUUCUCGUUUGAGGGUUUUGUGCAGCACAUGAUGCGCACAACGGGAUGCUCAGAAGUCGUUGUAAGCAAGAUGUACGCACCCCAAGACCCCACAAGGAGCCGGUUUCCCAACCCCAAAGGAAAGCCUCUAGCGGUCCUAGCGAGGGAGCUACACGUCCACCAGCUAUACCCCAGGAAGGACUUAGCUUACCUAGGAGCACGGUUCAAUGCUUAUUUCGAUCGCUAUUUGAGCCUCGAGGCGAUCAAAGCAGAACGUCCAUAUGCGACGUCGAAUCCAGACGGUUCGAUAUCUGUUCCACUCAUGACAUGGGUUUCAGAUUUCUUUAUCCGUGGUGGGCAGCGAGCCUACUUUGGAGAUUUCCUGGAGAACAUCGUCCCGGAUAUCUCGUGGGCGUUUCUGGAGUUUGACGACCUCAGCUGGCAAAUCCUCUAUCAGUAUCUGAAAGUGCUUAGCAGCAAGAUGCACGCCGCCAAGGCACGUGUAACAGAAGCUUUGCGCAAGUACUUCGAGACUCCGAUGACCGAUCGCACCGGGGAUGCUUGGUUUACCAAGGCGAUGGAAAACGAGAUGCGUGAUCUUGAUCUGGCUACCAAAGACAUCUCCAUUCUGAUGCAGACCAUAUACUGGGGAAUCAACACUAACACCCGGCGUGGCUGCUUCUGGAUGUUGUCGUACAUGCUCUUUCACCCCGAGAUGAUACAUCUCGUUAUGCAAGAGACAGAAAAGGCCUUCACGGGUGGUAGCAAAACACCAAACAUCGAUUACCUGAACGACAGCUGUCCUUUGACGAACAGCAUAUGGAACGAGACGUUGCGGAUGUCAGCAGCGUCCUCUUCUGUCCGGUAUAUCACUGAGGACAGCAUCGUCGGAGGCUUCAAGCUCCGCAAGGGAAAUAAGGUCAUGGUACCUUACCGGCAGCUGCACUUCGACGAGACGGUAUUCGGCGACCGCAUCAAUGAGUUCAAUCCCAGGCGCUUCUACGACAAUCCAGCACUCUUGAAGAGCGCAAGCUGGCGACCGUUCGGUGGAGGCGCAACUAUGUGCCCUGGUAGGUUUGUGGCCAAACAGGCGGUCGUGAGUUUCAUUGCUACAGCUUUCAAUCGGUUACGCAUUUCUGUUGAUGGGACACAGCCCUUCCCAACAGCAAAGGAAGGAAAUCCAGUUAUUGGGCUAAUGAGUAAUCAGCCUGGUAGCGAUCUAAGAGUACGGUUAGUGCCAAGAAAGUCGUGA